AUGUGGGAAACUGGAAAUACAUCAGAUUGGAAUGUAUCCAAUCCUUCUGGUAAUGGCGGUACUGAUGGUUUGUCAGGUGAAGAACCUCAGGAUGCAGAUUAUACUCACAUAUCACUUAGCUACGAAUUAGAGAAUCUAAUUUUUGCUAGGUUUCCAAGGUCAGAGUAUUGGAAAUUAUGCUUUGUGAAUAAAAGGUGUUUGACUCUCUUUAAAAGUGGCGAGCUUGAUGAGAUUAGAAAGAAAAUUGGAUUUAAAGAACCAUCUGUUUUCAUGCUAGCGACUGGGGAAGGUAAUUGGUGGGCAUUUGAUCGAGAAUUUAGGUCCCGUAGAAAGCUUCCAGUUCUACCUUCUGAUCCCUGUUUUACUUCUGGAGAUAAAGAGACGCUAUGUGCUGGUACUCACCUUCUCGUUUCUGGCAGAGAAAUUGACGGUCUUGUUAUUUGGAGGUAUGAAUCGGAUGAGAAUAAAUGGUUCAAGGGUCCAUCUAUGAUUAGCCCGAGAUGCUUGUUUGCAUCUGCAACUUGUGGCACCUUUGCUUAUGUGGCUGGUGGGAUGGGGAUGGAGGCAAAUAAUGAAGUCUACGACACUGCUGAAAAAUAUAAUCCGGACAGUGGAUCAUGGGAACCACUUCCAAGGAUGAGAAAAAGGAGGAAGUUUUGCUCCGGAUGUUACAUGGACAAUAAAUUUUACGUGAUUGGUGGGAGAAAUGAUGAUGGAGAACUAACCUGUGGUGAAUUUUUCGAUGAAAACAAAAACAGAUGGGAGCUCAUUCCCGACAUGUUGAAGGAUGAUCCUGUACAAUCAUCCCACUCACCACCACUUCUUGCUGUCGUAAAUAAUGAACUCUACUCACUUGAGUCUUCUUCCAACCAGCUGAAGGUGUAUCUGAAGAAGACAAAUACAUGGAAGCCGCUGGGGCAAGUUCCAGUGAGAGCCGAUUGCAACAGAGGUUGGGGAGUCGCAUUCAAGUCUCUGGGAGACGAACUGCUCGUGAUAGGAGCAUCGACUUCUUCAUGUGCUAGUAAUUGGAUGGCUAUAUAUACGUGCUGCCCAGAUUCUGAUGCCUGUAAAUUACGGUGGAGACCUAUUGACAGUGGCAGAAACCGGCUUAGUCACUUCAUUUUAAACUGUUGUGUUAUGGUAGCUUGA